AUGCCUGCUUUGCUGAGAAACAUAUUAAAUGUUGCCUCCAAUUUCCAACAGGCAUUGAUAGAAUUAAAAAAGAACAAAAUUGCAGAAAAUUUUGAAAAUGAAUUCUCAGAAGUGUUGGAAGUUUUGAAAAAAGCUGCCCAUUCACGAAAACAAUUAUUAAACAAAUGCCAAGAGCUAACAAGUGAAAUUUCUUUGAAGGAGAAAGCAAUCUUUGAAAUUGAAAAAAAAUGUGAAGAAGUUGAGAAGUUAAAUGAAGAGUUAAGAGAAGAACUUAUUAAGACUAGUAAGUGUAUUGAAAGGCUGGGAGAAAAUGAGGUACAAUCUAAGGAAAAAAUUUUGGAGCUUGAAUCUAAAUUAUUUAAUUUAGAAAAUGAGCAAGAUUCUACUAUACCAGAAAAAGAAAAGGCAUUCGAACUUGAAGCUGAGAGAGAAAGGAAGUUAUUAAAUUCUAGAAUUUUCCAAUUAGAAAGUGAUUUAAAGAUAAAAGAGACUACUGAAAUGGAAAUAAAAUCUAAAUUACUUGAAACGAUGGAAGCAAUGGAAAAGCUUGAAGAAAACAUGGAAGCUUUGAGAGUGAGAUUAAAACAAGAACUUGCAAGAAGUCAAAAUAUUGUGCAAGACAGGCAUUCGACAGAAAAAGAAGUUCGGGAGAAAGAAAACAGAAUCAUAGAUUUGGAAAAUACUGUCACCAACUUAAAGCAAAAGCUAGAGGAAACAGGGAAGAAAAUCAACUCGUAUGAAAAUAGAGUAGCCAAUCAUCAGCAAAAACUUAUUUCUUUGCAAAAAUUGUACCACAGAACUCAAGAACAAGCUAGAAUACAAGUGGAAGAAUUCAGAGUUGUUUAUGCAGAAAGGGAUAAAUUGAAUUUGUUAUUAGAUAGAAAAGAUGAAGACAUGAAAUCUUUGAAUGCAAAAUUAGUUGAUGCAAUAAAUGAUAAAGAGUCAACUCUGCAAAGGUAUUUGAAUGCUCAAAAUCAAAAGCAAAGUUCUGAUGCUAAAUGUGAAAAUUUAGAAAAGCAGAUACUUGAGAAUGAUAAAGUUAUUAUGAGACUCAAGAUGCAACAGGCACAACAUGAUACAGAAGUAUUGUCUUUAAUUAAGGAGAAAGAAUUAUUGGCAAAAAAUAUCCUAAAGAUGGAAUCAAUUAUUGAGAAACAUUCAAAUGAUUUCAAAACGAAUGAGAAAGAAAGAAUCGCUUUGCAUCAAGAUCUAAAGAAAGCAGAGCAACAGAUUGAGAAGCAAAAUCGAGUGAUAACUUGCCUAGAGGGACUGAAAACACAAUUGUUAAGUGAUAUUAAAGAUUUAACAACUAAGAUUGAAAACCUCAACAGUGAAAUGUGUGCCCAUGAAGAUAAAAAAGCAUCAAUGGAAGCCAAAGUAAUCGAAUUAACAAGCAAGCUUACUCAACAAAAAGAUAUUUCUGGUGGAGCAAUUGCAGACAGAAAAGUAUUUUGUCAUCAAUAUAAAGAAAUGAAAGAAAACAGAGAUCAGUUGAAGCAAAAGAUAGCUGUCCUGGAUGGUUAUGUGAAUGAAUUAAAUGAAUCUCAGAUUUCUCAAGCUGAAGAAAUUACUGUUUGGAAGAAAAAAUGGCAAUCUCUAGAUUUACAAAAUAAAAACCUAGUAACAAAGUUAUCAAAAGAAGAAGCAGACCAUUCUGCCUUAAAGAUUAAUCAUAAGCAACUGGAAGAGCAAAUUCAGAGUUAUUUGCAAACCAUUGUCACAAAAGAGAAAGAAAUCAAAAUCUUGCAAUCAAAAUUAAAUUAUGUUUCAGAAGAAUGUAUGUUAUUACGUUCUCAAAUCCAGCAACAAAAGAAAGAAUUAAUAUCUCUUGAAGAAAAAUUAAACCAUUCGGAAAUUGCUGUAGCUAGGGAACAAGAAUCUUACAAUACGCUGAAAAAUGGCACUAAGUUGCUUCAUUUGGAAAUUUUACGUUUAACCGGAGAGAAAAAUUCUUUGAUGUGUAAAGUGAAUGAUUUAGAAAAACUGAAGCAAAGUUUCACUUAUGCAAAACAGGAACUUCAUCAUGAAAGGUACAAAAAUUCUGCACUUGAGAGAGCAAUGCAACACCCACUUAAUGUUCAUAGAUGGAGGUUGCUGAAGGGCACUGAUCCAGAAAAAUAUGAGCUAAUUGAAAAUUUCCAAACAGUACAGAAACAACUUCUCAAAAAGAGCAUUGAAGUAGAAAAGAAAGAUAAAAAAAUGACAAAUAUGGUUAAACUUGUGGAUCAUUUCAAAAACAUGAGUUCAAGGAAAAAAUAUUUUGAAGAAAAAUAUACUGAAAAGGUGAAUUACACUCAGUUGCUGAAAGAAAAGAAUGAGAAAAUAAAAGCUUUAUCAUUUGAAAUAAAUAUGAAUGAAACAUAUAUGUCUAGUUAUCAAGCAGAAAUAUCGCGUUUGAAAGAGGAAGUAAGGAAAAUGAAACUAAAGCAAUUCUUUCGAGAGAAACGAAAAAUUGCCCCAGCUCUGGUAGAUAAAUCACAAUAAUCGAUUUAUUACAGAGAAAUUUACUUAUCAAUUUUUAUGGAAUUUUAUGAAUUUUACAUGAUUUGUAAUGAUAUUUUAAAUGGAAAACUGCUAAA